CGCAAUUCCAUCCACCACGACCGAUCCUCGCCAUCUCCUUUUACCCAUUCGAGCCAAAAUACCGUCGCGAUGGCGUCCGGACGGGAUGUGCGCGACAUGCUCGGACUGCCUGCCGCUGGCGAUGGUCAGAAAAUGGCGGUUCAGAAGCGACCGAAACCUGCAGCUGCUGUGAGGAAAAUACAGGGCGUUGCUCGAGAAGUCGUCGCUCUGUAUGGUGAACGGCCUCCUCCGGUUGCGGUUUACGAAGAGAAAAAGACGUAUAGGGCGAAGAGACAGAGUACUGGGCCCGCUAAGAAAUGGAUACAGCAGCCCUUCAUGAACCAAGCCCGCAAUGAUGGUCUUGUGCUCAAGCACUGGCGGCGCAAACCCACGGCUACUCAAUCAGGUCUCACAAACGGCGAAGACACGGCAAUGGAGGAUGUAGAGGCUGCUGAACCGCCCUUAGAGACAAACUACGACUUCGCCAAGUUCAACGUUGGAAUCGAUAUCCCCGUUUUCACAGACGAAGAGUACGACGUUCAUCUGCGCAGCGACGACUGGAGUAGAGAGGAGACCGACUAUCUCCUCGACAUGGUGAAAGAACAUUACUACCGCUGGGCCGUGAUCUGGGACCGCUACGACUACAACCCCUCUACGAAACUCGAACCCUUCUCCCGAGACGCGCUCCACGGUGACCCAAACCAAGCCCUCGCAACCCUCCCCUUCGCCCCAUCCCGAACCCGCUCCGUCGAAGAUCUCAAAGCGCGCUUCUACGACAUAUCCGCCAAACUCAUGAAACUCCGGAUUCCAGAGGUGCAGAUGGACGCUUCGCAAUACGCACGCUACGAGAUCCUAACAAAGUUCGACCCACUCCUCGAACGCAACCGCAAAACGCUCGCUGCGGCCCUCAUGAACCGGUCCAUGGACGAAGUCAAAGAAGAAGAAUUCCUACUCGCUGAACUCCAACGGAUAAACAUGGCCGCCAACCGGCUCGACGCCGAGCGCGAAGAACUGCGAUCACGUCUCGAGGCCCCGAUACCCAACCAACAGAUCGCGGCCGGGCUCGCAUCAUUCCAGUCCUCAGCCGCGCUAGCGCAGCUGUUUCAGCAGCUGUUUCAGCAAGAUAGGAGUAAGAAACGCGCAUCUGGUACUGCUGGUGGUCCUGGAAGACUUAGCUUAUCGGGUGCGGAUAUUAUAGGUACACCGACGGCGGCGCAGCAUGCACAGAUGAAUGCCGCUGCGAAUCGGAGACAGAGCUUAGCGCAGCAACCGCCGCCGACGCCGAUCCGUCAGUUGAGUCCCCAGGCUGAGUAUAGAUUUAAUGUGUCCACGCAUGACCGAUUGACGUCGGGCGUUACGUUUGGCGCGGAUAAGUUGCUUAAGAUGCGACAGGCCAAGUCGAAUGUCCAGACGCAGAAAAUUGGUACUGCGUUGGCGCAGUUGGGGAUUCCGGAUAUCAUUCCUAUUCCGACAAGUCGCUUGGGUGAGGUGUUUGAGGCCUUGGUUAGUAAAGUCGGGAAGCUUCUUGAUGUCCGCAAAGUGCGUGAGAAAGAAGAGGGCGAAUGUCGAAUUCUGGAAGCUAUGAAAGAGCGCAGAGCGAACGAGGCUCAUGGUCAUGCAGGACAUAAUGGAGAAAAUGGAGACGCGAAUACAGGUGAUGGUAGGGGUGGGACGCCUGCUACUUCAACCACCAACCAUCGUGAAAUCCAAGAUUCACAGGAGCGGGAUGAAGACGCUGAAGCUGAAGCUGACGCCGACGAGGAUGGUGACGUGGAUGCGGAUGCUGAUGACGACGAUGUCGAUGCGGAAGGCGAGGAGGAUGAGGAUGCAGAGGGUGAGGACAUCGACAUCGAUUCUCAAGCUCCGUCGCAGUCGGCACGACAUACAAGCGAAGCCAUGAGCACAAGAGUCAUAUCUCAGGGACAUAAGAGAAGUGCGAGCGUGUUCAGUCAGACCAGUAAUAAGAGUUCGAAGAGAGCGAGAAAGUGAGGAAGAUAACUUGGCUACGCCAGGCAAGCGAUGCUAUGGAAUUUAGUGGGAUGGAUGUGGAUAUAGGGUUG